UUGUGUAGUAGAUCUGUUUUCUUCGACGUAUACAUUUUUUCGCAAUGGUGAACAAAAAGCCAAGCAUGGGUCGCCAAAAGAUUAAGAUUGAGAAAAUACCCAAGAAAAAUCACCUGCAAGUCACCUUCUCUAAAAGACGUGCUGGUCUUUUCAAGAAGGCUAGCGAGCUUUGCACUCUCUGUGGGGUUGACAUAGCAAUUUUAGUUUUCUCUCCUGCUCAUAAGGCCUUUUCAUUUGGCCACCCCGAUGUUGAUUCUAUCAUGGAUCGAUUUCUCACACGAAACGCACCUCCUCAAAGCUCUGGAACUCACCAACUCAUCGAAGCGCAUCGAAAUGCUAACGUUCGUGAGCAUAAUAUGCAGCUAACUCAGAUUCUUAACCAACUGGAGGCUGAAAAACGGCAUUCAGAAACACUUAACCAAAUGAGAAAGAGUAGUAGAAGCCAGUGUUGGUGGGAAGCUCCUGUUGAAGAACUAGGAUUGCAGGAACUAGAACAAUUGAGGGAUGCUUUGGAGGAGUUAAAGAAGAGGUUAACAAAACAAACCAACAAAAUCUUGAUCGAGUCCUCUAAUUCUUUGCCAUUUUUGCCAGUAAAUGGCACAGGACAGAUCGGAAAUUUUGAGACAAAACCUGAGAUUUGUGUUGCCUCUACUCUCCCUCAUGUCAACAAUUUUGGUUAUGGGCAUGGGAUUUUUUAA